AUGGCUAGAGAGAUUACCGAUAUCAAACAAUUUUUGGAAUUGACCAGAAGAGCCGACGUCAAGACCGCUACCGUUAAGGUCAACAAGAAGGUCAACAAGGCUGGUAAAUCUUUCAGACAGACCAAAUUCAAGGUCAGAGGUUCCAGAAACUUGUACACUCUAGUGGUUAACGAUGCUGGUAAGGCCAAGAAAUUGAUUCAAUCCAUGCCACCAACUUUGAAAGUUAACAGAUUGUAA